AUGUCUGCCGUCGCCAAGCGCAUCCAGGAGGGCAAGAACAUGGCGCGCAAGAAGAUGCGCACGCUCCACUGGAGCAUCAUCCCCAAGGACAAGCUGGGCGAGACCGUGUGGAAGGCGCCCGAGAUGGUGGACAGCCCCGGCAUCGAUCUUGACACCAACGAGCUGGAGUCCAUGUUCUCGCUGUCGCCCGACAAGAAGGCCAAGGGCGAGUCCAAGCAGGAGGAGAAGAAGGGCGGCAUCCGCGGCAAGAAGCACUCGCCUCUCAUGGAGCUGCUCAACCUGCAGCGGGUGAACAAUAUCGGCAUUCUGCUGUCCCAGUUCAAGGUGCCCCUCGAGGAGGUCAUCGGUGCCAUCUGGCGGAUGGACGAGAGCGCCCUCUCGCUCGAGAACCUCAAGGCCCUCCGAUACAUCGCCCCCAAGGACGACGAGAUCAAGAUAUUGAGGACCGUUGUCGGUAAGCUGGACAUGAGCCUGCUCACCAAAGCCGAGCGAUUCCUGCUCAUGCUGGUGGAGGUGCCUCGCCUGUCCCAGCGGCUUGAGUCGUUCCUGUGGAAGCGACAGUUUCCCACCCUGCUGGCCGAACUGGCGGCCGACACGGCUUGUCUCCUCAUGGCCUGCGACGAGGUCAAGACCGCGAAGAAGCUGCCCCAGAUUCUCAAGAUCGUGCUGACGAUUGGGCAAGUGCUCAACAGAGAUUCGUAUCUUUUCAACUCAGAUGGUUUCAAGCUGGAGUCUCUGAUGCGAUUGACCGAGACGAAGGGCAAGAACACCCAGUUCACCAUCCUCCACUUCUUGAAGAAGGAGGUCCAGACCAAGAAAGAGCACCUGCUCUCAUUUUACGACGAGCUGCCCAACGUCGAGAAGGCCUCCAAGCUGUGCAUGGAGCACAUCAUCAUGGAGGUGCAGAAGAUCAAGAAGGACCUGACGCAACUUGAGCGCGAGCUCGCCGUGAGAAAGGAGGAGAAGGACAAGCUCUCGGCCGAGCAGCCACCAGCACCGGAGGACCACUACUGCGAGCUCAUGGGCGCCUUCUUUGAGGACGCCAAGCUGCAGUUCGAGCGCCUGGCUGGGCAGGUGGACUCUGUGCUGGCCAAGUGGAACGAGCUGGCCCGCUUCUAUGGCGAGGACGCGGACAAGGCUCCGCCGCAGCAGUUCUUCUCGUGCCUGCACCACUUUGCCCACCAGUUCCACUCGCUCAAGCUGCCCGCUGCCUUCCUCGAGGGCAAGGUGGGCAAGUGA